AGCAAAGUUUUUACAAAAAUGUUGUGAUAAAAAAGUUUUAUUUACAUUUUUUUAUGGUAAUUUUUUUUGAAACUUACAAUGUUAUACGCUGGUCCGAGCGGGUGACCGCCAUAAAAAACGUCACUCUGUCGGCAUGUUUUGUCGACGAUUUUCUGGUUCUGUUUAUUAUUUUGUCUACGUUGGAUCACCCUGUGCGUGAAGACCCCCAAGAAAGUCCCGCAAAAAAAUUACGAGGAUGACCGUAAAAAGACGUAACCAAAUUAAACCGUUUACCUUUCUUACGAUUUUUUUAGCAAUUUUUUACCUAAACUUAUCGCUUUAACACGAUGUUAGUCACGGUUCUUUUUCUACGCCUAUUUUAAACUUCUUUUAACACACAUUUCUACCUUAUUUUUAUAUUUUAACCUCAUCGCUCCAUCUAUCGAGUAAUUCCCCCAACUUAACAUACAAAUUUAUGAAUGCAAUUUUGAAUGAAUCAAUCCCUGUAAUGAAUGAAAUCAUUCAAUAACAAUAUAACCUACAAACUAUUUACUAUAAACGUAAAUUUUCAUUCAUUAUGUUAUUAUCUGUGAUACGAAGAAAUUUAUUAACAUUUUCAAUAAAACCCAUUUCGUGCAACUUAAACACAGUUUAUAAAACACCAGAAACUAUUCUUCUAACUCACAAUCUUAACUUGUUAAUAAAAAGGUACAAAUCCAAGAAGAAGUCUUUAAAAUCCCAAAAUAGAGAAUCCGGAGCGGAAGAUGAAACAUCCUCUGAAAAUGAAACUGAAGAUCGUCACUCAAAAGUGAUUAAAACAACUUUAAGCUCGCUACGAAUGGAUUCAGUGUUAAAAUCGGGUCUUGGAAUGGCCAGAAAUAAAAUUGACACUCUUUUUUAUGAGAGUAAAAUAAGGGUGAAUGGGGAGAAGGUUUUGAAGAAAAGUAAAAGUAUACAGGAAGGUGAUGAAAUUGAUGUUAUUAAAGGAGUUGAUAUGAAGAAUCCUAAUUUUUUGGUAAUUGCAAGAGUAGAAGUGGUCCAAGCUCAGCCACAAGAAGAUAAUAUUAAGGUUAAAUUACGCAGGAAUAAAUCGCUUAUAGUUGAAAAUUAUAAGGAGCCAUGGAAAGGUGGGCCAGAAUCGGCUUAAAUGAUGUAAUUAAUUUUUUUGCAUUAAAAUGUUUAUAGGAA